AUGGCGUCACAAUUCGAGACCGGAGUUUUUCAAAAGUUUCAUUUCAUUGAAAAGGAAAGAGUCAUCAUCAGGGAUCAAAUUUACGGAGAGCAUACUAUCACUGAGCCUGUUCUCAUAGAGCUCCUGCACAGCCCUGAACUUUCUCGCCUUAAAGGCAUCAGACAAUCCGGCGUGACGGCUCUUCUUGGCUUCGGCCCCAAGGUCACCCGUCUUGAACAUUCUGUCGGCGCCUUUCUGCUCACACGAAAAGUUGGGGCGAGUGUUGAAGAGCAGAUCGCUGCUCUUCUACAUGAUAUCAGUCACACGAGCCUCAGCCACGUUGUAGACUAUGCACUCUCGAAGGCCGGGGAAGAAAGUUAUCACGAAGUUUACAAAUCCCGAUAUCUGGAGACCACACAGCUUCCGGAAAUUCUCAUCAGGCAUGGCUUUUCGGAUCUCAAAGCUCUUGAUGAAGAGCACUUUCCGCUGGUCGAACAGCCUUCCCCGCAUCUUUGUGCAGAUCGUCUAGACUACUCGCUUCGGGACUCGCUGGCUUUUGGAAAGCUGAGUCUUGAAAAGGUUCGGCGAGUGUUUGAUUCCCUCAGAGCGGUGCCUAACAGCAGCGCGCCCAACCGCUUGCUCGUGCUCGACAAUCCGCAACUUGCUCUUGCUCUUUCCCGUGCGUACCAAGCCACGGAUCGAGACGUCUGGUCCAAUCGAUCACAUGCCAACAUCUAUCGACGGACCGGUCGAAUUAUCAAAGAGCUUGUGGAGUCAGGUCGGGUUGAUGAGCGCGCACUUUGGACCUUGUCCGAUGUAGAGUUCUGGUCAUUACUACGUCGGCAGGCCACUCCGCAGCUUCUCAGUGAGCUGGACAGACUGGAAAACGAAGGCUUGCCGGAUGAGAAUGAGUUGCGUCUACCCCAGCAGACAAAGAUCAGAACACUAGAUCCAGAUAUCUGCCUGGCUGAUUCGAAAACCAAAGAGCCUGUUCCUCUAUCUGUUAUGUUGCCUGAGUGGGGUGCAGAGCGUCAGCAGUACAUAGAUGAGCGUGAAUCGACGCGAGAUUAG